UUUGUUUUCUGUGAGGUAACAGUAGCCUUUAGCGAACAGAGCUAGCCUCCAGGUGAGGAAAACGUCCUAGUCCUAGUCGUGGUUUUGUUCACGUGGGUUAUUUACUGUACUAGUGAUCAAAGGGCGCCGCGGUGUCUGUAUUUACAACAUAGAAUGAUUUAGAAAAAGAUUUUAUAACUGCGGAAGUUGACCUGAACAGCACCGGCUAGUGUUAGCAUUAUUAGCAGGAAGAGGCCACAUCGGCUCGGUUUCACUUUGGUGCGCGAGACUUGAGCGCGCAGAUGGACGGAGAGGAGGAGUUUUCAGGGACUCACUCAGACGAUGGUAGUGGCACUCCGGUGCAGGACGAACACGCGAUGGCAUCUGACGCUGAGGACGACAGAGCAGAAUCACAUCACUCUGAGGACGAGGGCAGUGACAGAGACGGUCCCUCCUCCAGUCCAGUAGCUCCUGCAGAUGACAGCGGAUCAGAACACGAGGACCGAACAGGAGGAGGAGGGGCCAACAGCGCAGAUGAUGACGAUGAUGAUGAUGAUGAUGGUGGUGUUAAUGAUGAAGGCUCCCCUCGGAAGCGAAGAGGAAGCACGUCAGAGACAGAGGAUCAGCACAAAAAGCAGGACAGUGAAUCAGAACACGAGGAGACACCGAAGGGGCGGGGCCAUCACUCGGAUUCAGACGAAUCGGGAGACGAGAAGGUGAAGGAGAGAGACUCAGAUGGUGAGGAGGAAGGAGAGGAGCGGAGGAAAGAAGAGGGAGGAGAGAGGAGGAAAGCUGUGAUGCACUCCGACAGCGAGGAAGAGGAGGACAGGAAGCCCACAGACGAAGCAGGAAGUGAGCAGGAGGACGGGCGAGCUCGGCGUGUCCUCUCCGACAGUGACGAUGAUGACGAGCAGCCAGUCAAGAGAAGGAAGGCCAUUCUCUCUGACAGUGAAGACGAGGACCAGCCCAAAGUGAAGAAGAGCAGGGUGGUGUCAGAUGAUGAGGAAGACUCCGGUAGUGAGGAAGGCUCCGAGGCACCUGAUAAGACGGUGGCUGCUAAACUCAGGGAGCUGGGCUCGGACAGUGAGGAUGAGGAGGACAGCAGGACGAAGAUGGACACGGGAAAGAAAGACGAGAAGACGCUGUUCGGCAGCGACAGUGACUCGGACAACGAUGUGGAAGAGAAAAUGAUAGCAGAUAUUUUCGGCGAGUCGGGUGAGGAGGAUGAAGAGGAGUUUACGGGCUUUAACCAAGAGGAGUUAGAGGGGGAGAAGCAGCAGGCUCAUGGUGCAGGACAGAAGAAGGAAGUGGACGACUCUGACUCGGAUGACGAUGUGGACAGAGGAGGGAAAGAUCUAUCGUUCAUGUCAGAUUUUGACAUCAUGCUAGCGAAAAAGAAAGCACAAAGCGGCAAGCGGAGACGGCACAGAGACGGGGGGACGUUUAUCAGCGACGCCGAUGAUGUCGUCAGCGCCAUGAUCACCAAGAUGAAUGAAGCUGCUGAGGAGGAUCGGACACUGAACAGUCAGAAGAAGCCGGCUCUGAAGAAGCUGAUGCUCCUCCCCACCGUCGUCAUGCACUUAAAAAAGCAGGAUCUGAAGGAGACAUUUAUAGACAGCGGAGUGAUGACGGCGAUUAAAGAGUGGAUCAGUCCUCUCCCUGAUAAGAGUCUGCCGGCGCUGAGGAUCAGAGAGGAGCUGCUGAAGAUCCUGCAGGAGUUGCCCAGUGUGAGUCAGGAGACUCUGAAGAUGAGUGGAAUCGGCCGAGCCGUCAUGUUCCUCUACAAACACCCCAAAGAGUCGCGACCCAACAAAGACCUCGCCCUCAAACUCAUCAAUGAAUGGUCGCGGCCCAUCUUUGGCUUGUCCUCUAAUUAUAAAUGCAUGACGAGGGAGGAGAGGCAGCAGAGAGAUCUCGAUCAGCAGAUCGCCCCCCGCAGGAGACUCAGCUCAGGAGGUCAGACGCCUCGCAGAGAUCUGGAGAAAGUGUUAACAGGAGAGGAGAAGGCGCUGCGACCUGGCGACCCCGGGUUCUGUGCGAGGGCGCGUGUGCCGAUGCCCUCCAACAAGGACUACGUAGUGCGACCCAAAUGGAACGUGGAGACGGAUUCAAACCGGGGUCCUGUGAGAAAGAGUUUAUCACGUGUAGACAAACAGAUGCGACGCUUCGCCGAUAUCCGCCGCCUCACGAAGACGGGUCACGCCGUCAAGAUCAGCGUGGAAGGGAACCGCAUGCCUCUCUGAUUCCUCAACGCAUCACUUCCUGUUUGUUUCUGUUGGUUUUGUUUUUCUACGAUGGAGUACGUGUGGAGGUCGACUCUGCUGGAGACGAGGCGGUUGUAGCUACACGUGUGUAUUAUAGCUGUAAUGACGUGUGAAACGUGAGCCCAUGAUGUUCAGGUGUAACUUUGAUAAUAAAGACUUUCCGAAUCUGUUGCUUUUA